GUAGUGUUUAUUUCUUCAGUGUAUCAGCAUUUCUUUCUUUCACUCUGCCUCAGCUUCCCUAUUUUCUCUACACCUUAUCUUCUUCUUCUUCUUCUUCUUCUUCAAAAACCCAUAACAAUGGCUAACGAAGAAGACUCAGCGAAACCCACAGGCUCAGACGAAGACAGAGUUCCAGAAAAUGAGCCAAACCCAGACCAGGAACAGUACCCAGAAGAUGAAGAAAAGUCAUCCUCAUCCUCAGACUCAGACUCAGACUCGGAUUCCGACUCCGACGAUUCUUCUGAAGCAGAAGAAGAAAAAGAAGGAGCUGAACAAGGACGAGAAGGAGUGGAGGAACCUCUUGUGUACGUACGACCCGGAGACGAAAUUCCGGAGUCGGAGAACACGCCCGAGGUGAACAUAAAGCUGUUUUCGGAUAUCCUCGGGAGCAAGAGAAUGAGGAGGCAACAAGAAGGAGAGGACCGGAACUAUGUAUUCCAUGAGGACCUCUUCGAUUUUCCCGAGGACCCAGAGGACUGGAGGGAGGAGGAUUUAAAGGAGCUUUGGGCCGAUGCUCCAUUGGACAUGACCAAACCCGGUUGGGACCCGGUUUGGGCUGACGAAGAAGAUUGGGACAUUGUCAGGGAUGAGAUUAAGGCCGGCAGAGACCCGCACAUUGCCCCAUUUUACGUGCCGUACCGUAAGCCUUACCCGGUCAUACCCGAUAACCAUCAUGAUAUUUCGAACCCGAAAGCUGUGAUCGAAGAGUUGGAUAGGAUUGAAGAGUUUCUCCAAUGGAUCAGCUACAUUUUCCCUGAUGGGAGCACGUAUGAGGGCACUGUCUGGGAUGACUUGGCUCAUGGAAAAGGCGUUUAUGUGGGUGAACAGGGGCUGGUCAGGUAUGAAGGUGAAUGGCUUCAGAAUAUGAUGGAGGGCCAUGGUGUUGUUGAAGUUGAUAUACCUGAUAUAGAACCUAUGCCAGGUUCCAAGCUUGAAGCCAAGAUGCGUGCUGAAGGAAGAAUAAUAGCAAGAGAUUAUAUGACCCCAGAAGACAGAGAAUGGCUGGAGAAGGAUAUUGAAGAUAGUGUUCGUCUUGCUGGAGGAACCCGUGAAAUACCUUUUUAUGAGAGGGAUGAGUGGAUCAGACAAUUUGGGAGGAAGCCGGAGAAAGGCCGGUAUCGUUAUGCUGGUCAGUGGAAGCAUGGCAGAAUGCAUGGAUGUGGUGUAUAUGAAGUGAAUGAACGUACCAUAUAUGGUAGGUUCUACUUUGGGGAGCUACUGCAGGAUUCUACUGGUUGUGAUGAGGAUGUAUCAGCGCUGCAUUCAGGUAUAGCAGAAAUAGCUGCUGGUAAGGCUCGGAUGUUUGUGAACAAGCCUGAUGGAAUGGUUAGGGAACAGUGGGGUCCAUAUGGUGAUCCUCAACAUCCUUAUUUCUAUGAGGAGGAAGAUGUAUGGAUGGCACCGGGCUUUAUAAAUCAAUUCUAUGAAGUCCCUGAUUAUUGGAAAACAUAUGUGCAUGAGGUGGAUCAGGAAAGAGAAAUGUGGUUAAACUCCUUUUACAAAUCUCCAUUGAGAAUUCCUAUGCCUGCUGAGCUUGAGCACUGGUGGUCUCAAGAUAAGACUCCAGAAUUUAUUCUCAUCAACAAGGAACCAGAGCCUGAUCCUGAAGAUCCAUCCAAGCUUGUGUAUACAGAAGAUCCUUUAAUUCUACAUACACCAACUGGACGUUUAAUUAAUUAUAUUGAAGAUGAGGAGCAUGGGCUUCGCUUAUUUUGGCAGCCGCCUUUGAAGGAUGGAGAAGAUGUGGACCCAGAAAAGGCUGAGUUUCUACCUCUUGGUUUUGAUGAAUUCUAUGGUCGAGAAAAGGUUGUCAAGGAGGAAAACAUAUUGAUACGCCUUCUGUCAAAAGUGGAAAAUGCAUGCAAGCCAGCUUUUGAUAAACUAGAAAAAUGGAUUGAAGAGAAACGAAAGGCUAGGGAGUUGAAGAUGGAGCUACUUAGAAAAGAGCUUGAAUUUAUAGAGGCAGAACUGUGUCUUGAAGAGGUCAUUGAGGACAUGGAUGAGGAAUUGAGGAGAAGGGAAAAAGAAGAGGAAAAGAAGAUGGAAGUGGACAGUCAGGAGACAGAAGUUACUUCUGCUUCAGCUAACCAAGAAGAAAAGGCUCAGGUUGAGGAAGAGGAAGAAGAGGAAGAAGAGGAAGGGGAAGAUGAAGAUGAAGAUGAAGAUGAUGCUGCUCCCUCAAGUUUUGGGUCUGUUUCUAGAGAUCAGGAUACUAGUAAGGGUGACCAGAAGGGAAGAAAACCCAGGCAAUCUCCAUUUUCUGCAUCUUCAUUGUCAUUUGCUUCCAGCAGCCUAGUUUCUGGAGCUCCAUCCAGGCUACAACAAUCGAUUUUGUCAUGGAAGAAGAAUAAAGAAAUUAAGGCUACAACUAUUCCCUCUUGUGUUGAGGGACCAAUUGAUCUCUUGAGAACUGUGAAUUCAGUCAGUUUUCCUCCAUCACUAGGCGCAACAGGAAACUUAAGAGCUAAGAGGAAACCCCUAGACUUCCAAGUAAGCAAGCACUCAAAUAGAAGGAUACAUAGGUUCCGUUCUUUAUCUGUACUGUCCAGAAGAAGCCCGAAAGAGCAAAAACCAAGUAGCUGUAGUUGGUUGCACGUUGUACCAGAGACCGAAUUAGGUAAUAUCUUGUCUUUGCACAUACCAGUUUAUCAUUUGGAACAAUAUAAAGAGGCAAGAUGUGGUGAGCCAGUUGCUUUCCCUCUUUAUUAAUAAACUGUAUGUACUAAAAAUUUUGUAAGAUGGUAAAUUUUGUAAUGCUACAUGCUUCAUUUUUUAA